AUGUCUCAACCGGAACCUUCAACGAUCACGGGAACCGCCCGGCGCGAAUAUCACGGGAGCCCCUCGUGGGAUUUCUUACGUGGCUUCUACUUCAGAGCAGAAUCAUUGAAUGAGUACGCUGAAAAGCUGGAGAUCAAGCUACAUGAAGCUACGAACCUUGCACAGCAGGGCCAAUACGCUCUUUCCCAGAGUGAGGCGUCCCUUGCCAACACUUGGCAAAUGCUAAACGAAGAGCGUCUGGUCCAUCGAGCAUGUCAAGAGGAACUUACCUUCGAGCGCGCGAAGCACAACGAUACAAUCGUGCUUCUCGACCGAGUAUUUGGAGAGGCAACACGAUGUGGCGAGAUUGCAGACAGUCUCAGUAGCAAGCUGCAGGCAGCCUUAAGCUCUGGAGCAGCCCAAAAGGCCGAGCCGAUGAUGGCAUCGGAGGAGACUUCCGAAAGUAAAAUCAGUCUGGCUAGCCAGCAAAGCUCGGCCGAGCGACCGAGGGAGGACGAGGUGGCAAUCCCGCUUUCAAAUGUCGAUGCCUUGGAGGGACAGAAUACCGAACCCAAGUUAAGCAGUUCUUCGGCCAGGGGACGGAUUGGUGGUAGGAAAAUCACGCCUAGGUCACUUGCGAGGAAAGAAACUUGGCGGCUGCAGGAGGGUUGA